AAGACUAUUGAAGAUCACCCCGUUCAUCCUCCUGCCAGCAGAGGCGAUCCAUGGGAGUGUGAGUUUCCUCCUGCAAAAAAUUACGUUUUUAAACCAGAUCAUGGUGUGUUUACGGUUUAUGCUAACCAGGAAGAUGCUGACAACAAUGUGCCUCUACCAUACACAUACCCAAAACUUGAUGUUUUUAUAGCUGAUAUGAUCAUGAUGUGUGCGAUGAUUGCUGAUGGACCAUUAAAAUCAUUUUGUUAUCGACGCCUGAGUUAUCUUUCAUCGAAAUUUCAGCUUCAUGUGUUAUUGAAUGAAUUGAGAGAGUUGGCUUCACAAAAGGCUGUGCCUCAUCGGGAUUUUUAUAAUAUAAGGAAAGUAGACACUCACAUUCAUGCCGCAUCUUGUAUGAACCAAAAGCAUCUACUGAGGUUUAUCAAAAAGACCCUGAAAAAAAUGCUGAUGAGGUCGUGA